GGCAUGUUGGCAGAAAAACAAUACUACUACUCAACAGCAGUCAUACACGUCAAGAAAUCAUUCUUGCACUCUUGUGGCUGAUGCAGGGGGGCUUGUCAGAUAUGUAUUCAGCAUACAUGCACGACGCCUGCUGUUUGUUGAUGGCAGUGCCUGUCGACCUGUUGACAGAAUGCAGCAUGAAAGCAGUUGCAGUCGUACUUUGGGUCGGUGCAGUUCCUGUCGAUGCCACAGGCGCAUUUCUGGAUGCCAGGCCCUGAGCCUCCCCAGUAGAAGUGCUUCUCGCUGCCGCGACCGACCCACCACGUGUAAGGGGUCCCAUCUGAAAUUUUCCGGAGGGGUGAGGUUUUACAAUGAGGGGUACUCUGCUGCUGGUGCUGUUGUUUGGUCUGUCUGCGACAUGGGCUCAAGGAGAGGGCGGAGAAGGUGACCAAGGUUUACAGACAAGGAAUGUCUGGGAUGAGCUUAGAGCUCUGAGAGACAUGGUGGUGGAGCAGAAGGUGGAACUGAGGAACACCAAAGCUGAACUGCAAACCCAGAGGGACAAAGUGGCUGCUUUACAGAAGGAGAACACAGUGAUGAGCUCCAGACUGACAGCCACUGAAAACAAGGUGACAGCAAUUACAGCAGAGCUGGAAGCGACUAAGUCUGAACAGCAGCUGCAGAAGAAAAAAGUGGAGGAGGCUGAGAGACUGAUUUCUGCACAAGUAGCAGAACUGGCAGCCCUGGUUUCGAGAGUGACAACCAGUCAGAAGGAGGCGCAGGAGCAGAAAAAGGAGGUGACAGCUCUUAGGGAAGAGCUGGAUAUUUCUAAGACUCAACUACAGCUCACCAAGAACAAAUUGGAUGAGAUAGAAAGGACAACUGCAGAAACUCCGAAGCUGGCUUUCUCUGCUGGUUUGACCACUUCAGGAAAGAUUGGACCAUUCAACACUGAAACUCCACUCAUCUACAGUAGAGUCUUCACAAAUAUUGGCGGGGCUUACAACCCAACUACAGGUAUCUUCACUGCACCGGUCAAAGGAGUCUACUACCUAAGAUUCACAGCUUUCAACAACAAAAAUGGAGAAUGGAUGGCAGUAAAUUUAUACCGUAAUAGUGAAAGAAUUUUGCAUAAUUCUGAGUUAGCUAACGGUCAUACUUUCAUUGCAAAUGCAUUAAUUCUACAGCUGGAACAAGGAAGUGUCGUCUAUUUGCGUCUCCAACAAAACUGUGGCCUAUAUGAUGAUCCUAGCUCCUUGAACACCUUCAGUGGUUUCCUGCUGUUCCCUCUGUAACUUUCAGAUAUAGUUUGCCUAACUUCACCGAGGCCUUGAGGGUUCUUUGCACAUUCCAGUGGUCUAUUACGUUACAUUUAAUUAAUACUUUGUGAAUACUGUCGUUGGUUACCUUAAUUUAAUUAAGUCAAUUAUAUGCACAGAAUAAAGAUGCUGACUCUUGUAUGCUACAACCACUGUCUAAAUAAACUAAUGUGCAUGACCACCAACAAGCUAUACUGUUCUUAACUGGCCCCUGUUAUGAAAGGAUCACAAGAUUUUGCUGCUCCAUUAUUUAGCAAUGAAAUAUCAGGCGUGAAAGAUGUAUGGGAACAAAGUGUAAAGCUGUAGAUUAACAAUUAUUAUGUGCAAAUUUUAAAAAUGAAAUAAAGAAAGUUAGCAUUUAACUACAAUA